AAAUAGCGCUGCGGCGGCAUUUAAAUGUUAUAUCGUCUGUAUCAAGUAUGUAUGACAUGAUCUUUUGGUGACACAUUUUUUAUAGUUUACAUGUAGUUUUAAUACUUUCAACAGGUUAUUUUAGUCAUGAAUAAGAAUGGCAGUAGGAAAGCGUGCAAUUGACAUAGUCGACGAGUGUGUAUUUUGCGAGGAAGACGGGACAGAAAAUCAAAAGCUCUGCUUGGCAUCAAGCGUUGGAAAGGAGAAUAUCACUAAGCUGUUACCUUCUCUUAAAAAAGACAAAAACAAGAGGCGACUCUCUGACAGGUUAGACUCCAUUUUGAACGAAAGCUGUGAAUUAAAGUACCAUAAAAACUGCUACAGGGUGUUUGUACGUCACAAUGGCACAGAAACGGCUCAACACCCUGAUGAAACCCAAAGGCUUCGACGAGAAUCUGUGGAUUGGGCGGAAUGCAUUUUCUGUCAAGAACGAAAGACAAUGGAGUUGCAUAUCGUCACCUCACAACACACCGCACAAAAAAUACGAUAUGGAUGUGAAGUACACCCGUUCAUGUCACGACGCGUUCCACCGUAUCUCGACAUAAUAGCAACGGGCAUAAGGUAUCACAAUGCGUGCUAUGCUGCCUUCUUAAGGCAGUCCUGGGAGGCUGGAUUAAGAUCCGGGCUGUCGACUUCAACGCCGUCCAGUGACGACGUCCUGCAGCUCCUAGCAGACGAGCUUCUGACGGACACCGACCCCACCAAUUUGGACAUAGAUUCCAUCUUUCGUCGCUACCAGCAGAUAUGCGAAGAUCUGGGCAUCGAAGUCCAACAUGCAUACUCGUCAAGGAAGACAACGUUCGUGACUGCCUUGAAGCUGAAGCUGGGCGACGCCUUCGAUGUGCACGCUGUCAGGCGGUUGGGGACGCUAUUGACGCCCAUUGACCUGUCCCAGACAAAAUCUCAAGACGAUGAUGAGCACGAGGACUUGAAUGAACAAGUCUCCCACCUCGCCCGUAAGAUUCGAGAAGAAAUUCGAAAAGCACCCAAUUAUGAAGGGCUCCAUGGUGAUGAGGAGAGCGCCGUAGCCUGCGUCCCAUCGAUUCUUCUUAGCUUCAUCCGCCAGCUGCUAGACUCGGGCUCCGGUGAUGGUGAUGACACGGGACGGCAAGCCCUUUCGAUUGCACAAGACGUGGUGUUCUGCGCCUCAAAGGGCAGGAAAUGGACUCCGAAGCACGUGGGACUGGCCAACACCAUACACCAGGAGACGCGAUCAAAACGGCUCGUACAGAUGGUACACAACGCGGGGCAUUGCCUUAGUUAUAAACAGCUCCUCACUGUAACAACAGGCCUGGCAGAAGCUGUCCUAAACAGCGCAGAUGAAGCAACUGGUGCGAUAGUGCCUCCGAAUCUGGUCCCUGGCAAGUUUGUCCAUUUCGCUGUGGACAACAUUGACAUUCUGGAUGAGUCACUGGAUGGAAAGAAAACGUUCCAUGCGACUCAGAUGGCUGCGUGGCAGCGAAACUCGUCCCCACCGGAGUACCUGCGUGACAUCCGACCAUCAAAGAAUGUGGUUUUGGAGGCGCCCUAUUCCCUCCAUAGCCUUCUUCCUUCCGGCAUGGACAGCUCCAAGGUGCAGCCUGUCUUGGCGGCCGUUCCGAAGCUGGACAGAAAUGGAUCCACUCCAUCCAGUUCACAGUUGGCUGAGGCCAGUGACAUGGCGUUUCUCUGUGAGCGACAGAAAAGCGCCAAGAAGAGUGGAUGGACAGCUCACAACACAGAUGCAUGUAACACUGGUGUGGAGCACGAACCAUCAGUCACGGGACUCAUGCCCAUUUUAAACGCACCUGCCCAUGAUAUGGACACUCUCUUCACCGCAGUAAAAAGGUGUCGUGCUGUGGCAUCGGCGCUGGGACAACAACAUGUUAUCAUCACAGUAGAUGAGGCGCUUUACCAGAGGUUGGUCCCUCUGAAGUGGGCCCACACCGACCUACAAGAGUGGCUGAUAGUCAGACUGGGCGGACUACACACAGCAUUGAACUUCCUUGGUGUGAUCGGGCGGCAUGUCAAAGGCUCCGGGCUCCUCAAAGUCUGGGUUGACAGUGGUUUGUUUGGUGCGAAAACGGCAGAGAAGGUGCUCAGUUGCGGGCGAUCCUACAACAAAGCGAUGCGAGGGCACAAACUAACAUGGCAGGCCCUGUGGGACAUUCUACUGCCCAUGGUCUUUAAGUUCAUUCACGAAAAGAACGGAGACUUCCACAGAAAACUGGAGCUGGCAGCAGCAGACAGUGCAUCAGGUGAGCUCAUCAACCUGCUGAACACGCACACUUUCCGUGCACUCCGCCAGCAGUUCCACGACGCGGCGGGUCCGAACGUGCGGUUCUGGAUGGACUAAUUGAAGAUGGUAGAGCUUCUGCUCAGGUUUGUGCGUGCACAGCGCACAGGUGACUGGAUUCUUCACCUCGAGAGCUUCAGAGAAAUGCUACCUUGGUUCUUCAUACAUGACCACCAGAACUAUGCGAGAUGGGGAUCAGUGUAUCUCGCAGAGAUGCAGCAGCUGCCGUCGGAGGUCGAAGCAGAGUUUCAGGCGGGAAACUUCGUCGUGAAGUGGUCCAACAGGAGCUUCUCCGAAGUUGACGCCGACCACGCCCUCGAGUGGCUGAACUGUGUAGGAAAGGAAAGUGGUGGCAUUGUUGGAAUCACAAAAACACCGUCAGCGCUGGAUCGGUGGGCGCUGUCCUACAACCUCAGAUCUAUGAUCUCGGCAAACACCUUGGAACUCCUGGGAAUGUCAGCAGCAGCCGAAUAUAAACAUCACAACGAACAAGGCACGUCGCGUAAAGUGAAGGAUAUGGCAGCCGAGGAAGCACUGAAGAAAACUCUGCAAAAGUAUGAAGUAGUGCCAGCGCAAGACGAAAUCCUCAUGAACAUGACAACCAAGGAGGCAUGCCUGCCAGAGGUCCAACACGCUCUGCUGUCUGCUAGGACACAGGGUGAACAGCUGCUACAGGACUUCGUUCGCACAAGGCUGGAUCCUGUGGAGGCCUCUGUCUGCACCUUCUACUCUCCUCUUAAGAAGCAGAGAUGUCUGACGUUCGCGUCUAUGCUCAAAACGAGCGCAAAACCCCAGAAACAGGAUUCAGUUGAAGUGGAUGGCCGCCUUCUUCAGAGGAUCAUGGGGCUCUACGAGUCUGGUCGUCCUGUGAACAUCAACGUCAUCAUGCAGCACGAGCUGACAGCUGUUCCCACAUCCAUUGCACUGCCAGAUGGAAAGCUGCGAAGUGGUCAGAAGAGUCAGCUGGUAACCUGUUUGACCACAGGCGUGGAGUGCCCUCGCUCCAUAGCUGGCGACGAGCAGGCUGCAGUGGUGCUAGAUGCCAUGGGUCUCGUUCAAGCCCUUGGAAAGCCAGCUGGUGCCACAACGUUUGGAGAUAUAGCACGCGCGUUUUCCAAGUCUGUCCAUGAUAUCGGCGUGCUCCACGGUUCGAAGCGCGUUGACAUCGUAUUUGAUCGGUACAACUCACAGUCGAUCAAGUCAACAACUCGCGACAGGCGGCAAAAAAGUCACCUCGGUCAGGGCCGGUGAAUCGAUGGAGAGCGGACCGGUCGUAGCCCCUGCCAGUAAAACACGCCGCCCCGCGCCAGAAUAUGCCGCUGUGCGGCGUCAAUCAGCGGCGCGGGCGCGGCUAAAGCGGCGCACCACCACUGCCGACGACCCAUUCGGCGGUGAGAUGGUG